UUCGCAGGCGUGCACCAAGCAGUGAGAUCACCGGCGUUAUAAAUAUCCCGGUACCAGCGCCGGAUCCGUUCGAGUGGCCUCUCUCCCUCCCUCCCUCCUUCCCUCCCUCCCUCUCUCCCUCCCUCCCUCUUCCCCGAGGCUAUGUCCACCCGGUGCGGCGAGGGGGGCAGCGCCAGAGGCACGCAGCCGCGCGGGGGCUACCGAGCCCAGAGCCGGCCCUACAAGAUGCACUUAGAAACCCCGCGGCUGGAAGAAUGAGCUUGUCCUUCCUCCUCCUCCUCUUCCUCAGCCACCUAAUCCUCAGCGCCUGGGCUCACGGGGAGAAGCACCUCGCCCCCAAAGGGCAACCCGGACCCGCUGCCACCGGUCGGAACCCGGGCGGCGCCGGCGGCAGCAGGACCAGCAGGGGCACGACGUCUUCCUCUUCUUCCUCCGUCUCCUCCCCCCGCGGGGCUUCGCCGGGCAACCGAGGAAGCGGCUUGGAGCAGGGCAGUGUCCAGUGGAGCCCCUCGGGGCGCCGGACCGGCAGCCUGUACUGCAGAGUGGGCAUCGGCUUCCAUCUGCAGAUCUACCCGGAUGGCAAAGUCAAUGGCUCCCACGAAGCCAAUAUGUUAAGUAUUUUGGAAAUAUUUGCUGUGUCUCAGGGGAUUGUAGGAAUACGAGGAGUUUUCAGCAACAAAUUUUUAGCGAUGUCAAAAAAAGGAAAACUCCAUGCAAGUGCCAAGUUUACAGAUGACUGCAAGUUCAGGGAGCGGUUUCAGGAAAACAGCUACAACACCUACGCCUCAGCAAUACACCGAAGCGAGCCUGCGGGCCGGGAGUGGUACGUGGCGCUCAACAAGAGGGGAAAGGCUAAGCGGGGCUGCAGCCCGCGGGUCAAGCCCCAGCACGUGUCCACCCACUUCCUGCCAAGGUUCAAGCAGCUGGAGCAGCCAGAACUUUCCUUCACAGUCACUGUCCCUGAGAAGAAAAAGCCACCCGGCCACGUCAAGCCAAAGGCGCCCCUGUCCGCUCCGCGGAAAAGUCCCAACACAGUGAAAUACAGACUCAAGUUUCGCUUUGGGUGAUGUUGGGCGUGGCCCGGGGAGCCCGUGCCUUCCCCUCGGGGCUCUCCACGCGCGUCUUUACAGCUCCGAGAGAAACAAGAGCAAGACCAAGCCAAACAAAACAAAACCACAGAACACCGUCUGGACGCAGCUUCGAGCUCUACCUACACUGCACUGAAGUCGGGCCGUUGGUUUCACUGCGGCCGAAACUGGACUGGACCUGCGUGUCCCUACGGGCGGGCGCGCUCCGCCGCGAAGACCCAGACUCGCGCUCCCUGCCCGCUGCGCGCGCUGCGUUUUCCGAAAGUCAGACCGCGCGGACUGUGACUUUCUGGCCUUUCCGGAUCAACGCGAAAGAACAGACAUGACACACUUUUAUUUUUGGUUUCCAAAGAAUAUUUUGAUGCAGAUAAAAUAUUUUAUUGACUUUUGUUUUUUGAAGUACCUCUGCAUUGAGCAUAUUUUCUUACUUUUAUUAUUUUAAUUAAUAUGACAUAACCAUUUGAACGCAGUUUAUGAAUAUAAAUGUGUUUAUAGCCCAUUUGUAACAAGUGGAUUUUUUCAUUUUUCUUAUUUAUUGCACUUUUGAUUAUUAUUAUUAUUUUUUUUUUUACCAUACCGUAGAUAAUGUAAGUUUAGUUCUUCAUCUUAAAAAUGCUUAAAUCCUCUUCAACGGCACCAAAGGCUUAGGUCUAUGCAUGUGUGCACAUGUGCGCGCGCGCGUGUGUGUGAGUGUGUGUGUGUGAAUUCAUGACAGUAUGUGGAAUCCUACCCCUUUGGUGGCUGGGCUGCAACGGGUUAGGGUUAAGGAGAAGAUAUUAGGAUUUUCGAUGGAAUUACAAUCUGGAGGUAAGGAAAAGGAUUCGAGGCACAAGUACACUAGUUUGCAGCAUUUAUUGGGCUCUAAUUCUGCCUUGCCUGUAUUUCUCCUUUUAUCUACCCACCCUGCCCUCAUUCUUGAACAGCUGGAGAAAUACAUUUUAUUCUGUCCAUCAAGCACACACUAUGAAACCAGAGUGCUUUAAAAUACCUCUUGUGUGACCCUCUGCUAUCCCCACUGUAUAGAUCCACGGGUAGCAACCCACUUAGCAGAAAAACACGGAGACCUGCAGGAGAUGCAUCGUGCGACAGCUCUGCACAUCGAGUCCCGUUGUCAAAAAUAUUCUUAUUACUCAGACUAGUGCCCUUGGAGUUUGCUAUCCUAAAGGUAAUCGUUCCAGUGAAUAGACAGCCCUUUAGAAUACAUACUUUCUGAUGUAGAUUUUUUUUAAAAGCUGGCCGGGCGGUAUGGGGAAUUUAAUUUGGGAACUUGAUCAUUGAAAGUGGCACUUAAUUCUCAACCCACAUACUGAAUAUUGGGCAUGAAUCACGGAAAAUUUAACUUGAGAGAAUUUACAUAAUUUAUAUGUUUUCUUGGGCAAUCAUUUCUAUGAAGUUCUAUGAAAUGUAAGUGUUUACGUUCAGAAAUGUGCCAAUAAAAAAAAGUACAGUUAAAGCUUAGAAGUAUGUCUUUCACAGGAAGAACAAGAGUUCACAUAAAGCUUGUGUUUUCUAUUUAAGGAUGCUUCUUUUAAAAGAUACUGCCAAACUUUUUUAAGGUAUGGUUUAUUUCGGUGCAUAAAUGUGCAGUAGAAAUUUAUCACAAUUGAACCAACUACUACUUACGCAGAUUGCUUUUUUUUUUUAAAUGGAAACAAACUAUACACAUAUAAUAUGAAAUCACCAAUCAGCAAAAACAUCACGCCUAUUCUCUAGUAUCAUAUUUUAUUAUAAAGUCAAUAAUCUGACUAAACAUUGUUUGCAUUUAAUGCAUGAUUUUUAAAAAUAUAAAAUGAAAUACUACAAAAAUUUUCUUUAUACAAUUCUCUUGGGUUAAAUGAAAUAAGGUUUUGGAGACAAAUAUGUCCAACUGUUAUCCAACUGGCAUAUCACCUAAAUGCACAGUACAAAGCUGAAAAUAGCCUUUAGUUUAUUCUAAUAUGUUAAGAAUUGUGCGCCAUGUAUCAAGUUCUUAGUACACAGGAAAAAUUAAGAUUGUAAAACAGAAUGGUAGACAUGAGUUCCUAAAUGGGCAAGGAAAAGAUGGUAUUAAUGAUGAUUAACAACAAACUAAAUUAAUGCAUAUAUUAUAUUAGGCUAAUGCUGCUGGUAGUUUAAACCAUAAAAUAAUAGCUUAUCUUGUAGUCCUAGUUUGAUUUGAUUAGUAUAUGAAACUCAAAGUAGGAUAGUUACUAAAUAUAUGUUAUGCAAGUCAGGACUCAUUAAUUUCAAAAUUUAAAGGCAAGCUAAAAUUUUUUUAAAAAUCUAAGUUACACGUAUCUUCAGUUUACUGGCCAUACACAAGUACAUUUAAUUAAUGCUCACUGAAGCUUAAAGUUACCUAAAUUAAUUAAUUGAAUGAACUCAGGUACAGAAAACAUGUAUAAAUAUAACUCCUUACUACUACCUAGAACUUUUGAUGAGGGGUCCUUGCUUAUGUUGUUUUUGAUGAUUUUUAAGUAACUUGGCCCACCUAACAUCAAAUGAAGUUGUUUAAUCAUGAUUAUGUUUAUCUAAAAACGUCAGUAAUUUGGCAUUAAAAUUUAGGGACCUAAUGGGCCUAGAAGAGAGAUGGCAAAUACCUUCCUAUUGACAGUUCAGUUUUACUAAUUAUAUUAUGUUUAAUUUAAUUUAAGAUAUUCUUUAUUUGGAACAUCUAUAGAGGCAAAUAGAGGUUAACAAUAAGAUGUAAUAACACUGUGGUUUUUAUUUCACAAAUGAUACUGUCACUUCCUUCUAAAGAAACUAAUUUGAGAGUGUGGGUGUAUAUAAAUUAUCUUCGUUCUUUUGCUGAGUUAUAGUGGGCCAGCAGUUCAAAACCAUGUGAUGACAAUAAAGGAUAACGACAAAAGUUA